AUGUUCUAAAGGACACGUCGACGUGGCAAUGACGUCAGAAGGACCCGUAUGAAUCGUAAGCAGUAGCUGUCUCUGGCAUUAGUCAGUUUGCUAUCAAAUAGGAAAAGAAGAGAGAAGUAACGUUAUCUACUUACCGUUACCGAAAGUUUUUCAGAGGAAGUGUCUCUAGUUCUCCUUUCUUCGUUCGGUGUCUGUAUAGGGCUCGAACGCCCACUCUACAGCAGUUCUGGUGAUGUAUUUGAGCAUCCAUGAACCCGCGUCGUCGCCACGGUCCUAGGAACAGCCAGGAAGGGGUGUACCUAGGGCCUGCCCAGACCCAGUCACUGCUGGUCCAGCAACAGGACCCACAACUUGCAGCCUCUAGCCCCCUUCCACCUGCCCCCCUGGUGGACAUAAGCAACAUGUCAGGCAGGGACCGCACAAAUGAGUUCCAGUCAGUCUGCAAAUCACUACAGGGGAGACAGAAUGGAGUCCAGCCCAGUAAGCCUGCCCUCAGUGCAAUCCGACAACGCAGUGACUUCACCCUCAUGGCAAAGAGGAUUGGGAAGGACUUGAGUAACACCUUUGCCAAACUGGAAAAACUCACAAUACUGGCCAAAAGGAGAUCCCUCUUCGAUGACAAAGCUGUGGAGAUAGAGGAGUUAACCUACAUCGUCAAACAGGAUAUAAACAGUCUGAAUAAACAGAUAGCACAGCUGCAGGGCCUUGUGCGCUCCAGACAAAGUCAAAAUGGCAGACAUCUACAGACCCAUUCCAACACCAUUGUCGUCUCCCUCCAGUCCAAACUUGCAUCAAUGUCCAAUGACUUCAAGUCCGUGCUGGAGGUCAGGACAGAGAACCUCAAAGAGCAAAAGAGUAGAAGAGAUCAGUUUUCUCAAGCCCCAACAUCCUCCUCCCAUCUACAGGCCAGCAACUUCAAUAACUCAUUGUUAAUGCAAGAUGACUCUAAAAAGACCCUGGAUGUCUCCAUAGACAUGGACUUCCGUGCAGGUCAACAGCUGCAACUUGUCAACGAACAGGACUCGUACAUCCAGAGCCGUGCAGACACCAUGCAGAACAUAGAGACCACCAUCGUAGAGCUGGGCUCCAUCUUCCAGCAGCUGGCCCACAUGGUGAAGGAGCAGGAGGAGACGGUGCAGAGAAUCGACGCCAGCGUAGAGGACACCCAGCUCAAUGUGGACAUGGCACAUUCAGAGAUCCUCAAGUACUUUCAGUCUGUGUCGUCCAACCGCUGGCUCAUGGUGAAAAUCUUCCUAGUCCUCAUAGUGUUCUUUAUCGUCUUUGUGGUCUUCUUUGCCUGAGGGCCAGGUGGCAUUUGGUUGAGGGAGAGGGGGAUGGAUGAAGAACACCUCAUCAAAUAUACAGCUGUUAGAAUGCAGUUAUGCUAAUAAUGAAUGGUAGAAUGGAAAUGAUAAAAAUGUUGUUAUUACUCCAUUGAAUGGAGUGACUAGAUGAUGAUGAUGUAAAGUAUGAUGGCAGGAUAGAACACUUUCAGUUUGUUUAAAUUGUCUCUUGUCUACAUGUAUUAUUACUGUAAUUUAUAGUGAACAUUCCAACUUCUUGAUGGACAGGGUCAAUUCAAACCCAACAAUUGAGUUAGAAAAAGAAACAACAUUUCUUUUGCCUUUCUGGACCUGUAUGCUAGAUCUCUGAGGGACAUCACGCCCUACAAUGCAACUCCCUGCCAGCAGUAUUACCUCUUGGAGGUUAGGGCUGAUUGGCAAUGCCCUCUGACCGUCAAUCUCAUCUUCAAUGGUUCAAAAAAUAAAAAAGCUGAUAGGAAACGUUUCUGGCAACACUUAGUGGUGCAUGUAUUGUGUUUAACAAUGGCAUCGCGCACGUGAAUGGUCAUUCAUCAUGACAGUCAACCUCACAUGGUUGACCUGAGGAAAGUCAAUGUACUGUGUAAGUGAAGUGGCGUUAGUAUUUCUGAUGACGCUUUUAUUUUCUCCAAUCAGAUACUGAACUGUAUGUGCAGAACUGCUUUUACAGCUACUAUGAACCAUCUGUGAAUUGAGGUGUCUUUUUCCAUGAACUGGUUAUUUAAAUUAAGUUGUGGUCUGCAACAGUGAUAUUUUAAUGUCCUGUCCAUACUGCCUCCCAGCAGACACGCUAUACCCAAUCUCUUGGAGGGGAAAACGUGAAAAUACAUUGACAACAUUUUUAUGUCUGAAAUAAUGUUUUUAAAGUAAACCUUAGUGUUGGAAAACAUUUUGAUUUGUCUUUGUUGAAAAGAAUGAGUCAAAGACACUUUAAAAAUAAUAUUCCAAUAUACUGUACAAACUGAGAAUAUUAGAAAGAAAAUGUUGUAGAUUUUCCCAGCCAAGCUUCUUUUUUUCUUUUCUUUUUUACCUGCACUGUUUUCACCACUUCUCAGUUAAACGGUUUCACUCAUUUGCUCUUCCUGGUCCCUGAUGUCUUGGAGGAGGUUUUGUAGCUCACAGCAAAUUUGAUUGUUCCCCUAAUUGUUGUAUUUUGUGUUAUGCUUUUGUUGUAAAACACAAAUAAUUAAUAAUGGCGACAAUUAAAAUGAGAAAUUACCAACUU